AUGCUCUCCGGCGAGGCAGGAAAUGCAGAUUCUUCAGCCGAAUCGUCGCAAGAAGAAAAAGCAAAAUCUUCAGCCGAAUCAUCCCAGAAAGCAAGAUCAAGAGGGCGCUUCAUUAGGCACCUAAGCAGAGCCAGACGAAUCUCUCUAUCUUCUCAACCGCCGGUUCCGCUUCCCCUCGAACCAGCGAGCAAACUCUCACCAUCAAUACCAGAAACCCAGCACUCUCAGGCAGCAGCGAUCUUUAUAGCCAACAAUAUAGAUAUCUUGCAACAAAUUUUGCUUUAUUUGCCCCCAAAAUCCCUCCUUCGCUUCCAAUGCGUCUCCAAGAAAUGGCUUUCCAUCAUCUCGGACCCUGCCUUCCGCCGUCUGCACUCGCGGUUUUAUCCCACCACCGUCGGGACUUCCUCUUCUGCCUCCGCUGCCACCGAAGCACUCUUUGUGUUCCCGUGGACAUACAAGAAGACCCCACAAGAGCUCAAUUUCAUCUCCCUCUCGGAUGGGUAUGUAAAUCCAAUGGCUAAAAUGGUUUCCCACUUGAACAAUUUCUUUGAUAAUGGUGCAAUUGUGGAUUUUCAUUCAUGCAAUGGGUUAUUAGCUCUGGUGUUCAAGUUAGAUGAUUGUGACGAUCAUAGAGAAUUUGUGGUCUAUAAUCCUACUACUUGUCAGCAUAGACUUAUUCCUACGUUCAAUGGUUCUAAGCCCAAUGAUCCUCAGCUCAAUGAUCCUCAUUUCAAUGAUCCUUAUUAUGAUCCUUACUUCGAUGAUCCUCAUUUCUAUCAUUUUCAAAUAACCCGUCGUUUUGAGGCUUUGAAUAUUGUGUUUGAUCCUUCAAAAUCUGAUCAUUUCAAAGUUGUGUAUAUAUGGCGGGAUGAAUACCAUGGCGACACUUGGGAUAGAUGUGGAUUUGCUGUCUAUGCAUCUGAAACUGGGAUUUGGAGGGAAAGUAUGGACACGUUGGAGAUGGAUCCUCCUGAUUUACCUACUACUUAUUUCGGGAAUGGGGUUUUGUGGAAUGGUGAUCUCCAUUGGCUCAACGAUUUUAAGUAUAUGAUAUGUUUUGACUUGGAUAAAGAAUGCCUUCACCGAGACAUGCCGCCACUUCCUGUCGAGUUCAGUGAGUGGGAAUUUUGGUACUUUGGGGAGUGUAAUGGGUGUUUAUAUGUUAUUGAGGUCAACAACCCAUUUGGGUUGUUGUUUGAUGUUUUUGAGAUGGAAAGGGACUAUUCUAAAUGGGUUCUGAAAUACCAUAUCGAUCUUGCUCCUCUAAGAAUUCUAUAUCCAUCAAUGGUAGUUGAGUUCGUUGAUCGUGCUGAUAGGAGGCAAUGUACAUUUGGACCAUUUGGUAUGCUUUUUCUCCUCGAGGAUGAGAAAGAGAAGAAAGCCAGCCUUGUGACAGCUUUUCCAGAUAAGGUGAUGCUUUACAAAAUUAAUGAUGCUGUUGUUACAGAGGUUGCUGAAGUAGGGCCAGUGGACUUUGGGUAUGGUUGGAAGAGUCACCUUAAUCAAUGGAAGGACAUCUAUAGACAUAUGGAGACCCUCGCUUAUGUUUAA